AUGGCGGUCGUCAGCGCCGCUGUCUCCUCCGCCGCGCUCUCUCCGUUGCAUCGGCCGGGUUCCUCCCUCUUCUUGAACCGUACUCUACGCCUUCGGAACGUCCGGUGGCGCGUCCCCUUUAUCCGAGCUGCCAGCUCUUCCUCUGCCUCGUCGUCCUCCAAGACCGCUACCGAAUUCAACAUCUCCUUUGGUGCUGACCCGCCGAAGGAAAAGACUGUCAAUCCUGAGCAAUCGUCUUCCAGGGCUCCCGCUCCUUUGCUGAUCCCGUGGAUAGUGAGGGGCGAGGAUGGAAAGCUCAUGCUCUCGUCCACCCCACCUCCCCAGUUCAUCCGUGACAUGGCCGAGGCGAAGACGUCUUCGCCGAAGAAGGAUAAGAGGAAGAAAGAAUUGGGCAGCGGGAGGAAGGCUCCGGUUGCCUCUGCUCCUGCUUCUUCAGCUCCGCCGAAGUAUUCGAAGGCCGCUAGGAGAUUUUACAACGAGAAUUUCAGGGAACUCCAAAGACUUAAUAAGGCUUUGGCGGCUGCUGGAGGUGUGCUUCCUACAUAGCUAAUGAUAGUUUCGUUUAGUACAAAAAUCGAUCAUGUUCAUGUUGAUAACGUAUUCGUUUACGUUUAGUUGCUUCUAGGCGGAAAUGUGACGACCUUAUAUUUGAGGGCAAAGUCACUGUUAAUGGCUCCGUGUGCAGGUCUCCGCAGGUACUCUUUCUACCAUGGAGUUCCAUCGAGAAAUUCUUUGUGUUGCUUGAACUUGAGUGAAAUAAUCUAAGAAUUUAGUAUUUUUACAUACCGCCUCUCCCAAGCUUUGGAGUGUAUCUGUCCUGCCCUUGUUAAGGGCUCUCUUCUUCAGUGGCGAGAAUCUUUUGUUUUCGGCGACAGUCAUUUGGGCAUUUCAGUGACAUGGCUAAAGCAAUUAUAGCACAUCUUUGUGUUCCACUCCAUUCAACCUCGAUAUCUUGAAGAAAAUGUCUUAUUAUUUCUUACCCUGUCUUGCAAAUGACUGCCUCUAUACUACGUUUUUUUUAUCCGUGAAACCAUUUUCUUCUAGGAAAUGAUGCUGUAUUUGGUUAGCUGGUAUUUGAGAUUAGUUUUUUUUUAAUCCCCAAUAUUGUGGUGAUCAGAUUGAACAUUUCUGAUGUUGUCAAUACAGCAUGCUCUUUCUGAUGACACCACUUAAUAAUUGCAAAGUAUUAUCCACUAAUCUGUCUAUCUUGGCGAAACUCUAGUUGCUUCAUAUUAUUUUUUGAACACUUGCAUUUACCUCCGUACCAUCAGUGGCAUACUUUUGAGUAAUGUGCUUUAUUUGAAACAUAGACCCAGGUAGACCUCAUCAGGGAUUCUAUCUAUGUUAAUGGGAACCGUCUCUCCAAGAAGCUGCCACCAAAGCUUUAUUUUGCUGUUAACAAGCCAAAAGGGUAGGGCGUUCUUUCUGAACUAAUCCUUGGGUCAUUUUGAUGAAACUUUAAGUCAUAUCUCUUUGCGACAUAAGAGCAAUUUUAAGAUUAAACAGUUUGAUAUGGCGGGCACAUUGUAGGUACAUCUGCUCCAAUGGUGUGGAGUCUAAAUCUGUGGUGUCCUUAUUUGACGAUUACUGGAAGCGUUGGGUAUGCUUGAAUUUUUGUGUUAUCUCAGGAUCAUAGUGUUUGGUAUCACAUAAAAUUUACUCUCUCUUGGAGCAGUUUAUUAUUUUAAAAUUUGAAAAAUGUUCUCUUGAUAUCUUUCCUCGGAUUACCCUUAUGGUAAUUUCCAUUUCAGACUCAAACUAAUCCAGGGGUACCAAGGCCAAGAUUGUUUACAAUUGGCCGCCUUGAUGUUGCCACAACUGGUCUGAUUAUUGUUACAAAUGAUGGUAUGUAACAUAAAUUGUUUCUUCAUUGACUUUGAUUUAGUCCAUCUAUUAUACUUCAACUUUUCCUGGAGAACUCACGGCUUCAAAGCUGUCAUAUACCAGGGGAUUUCGCUCAAAAGCUUGCACAUCCUUCAUCUAACAUAUCAAAAGAGUAAGCAUCCUCAUACAGGUUUUUUGCAGUCCGCUCUGCUAUCUUUUUAAUAAAAUUUUGACCAUCUUUAAUUGAAGCCCCAGUGAAUGAAAGUUUCUUUUUGCUUCGUAUAUGUUUGCUUGUCUUUAUUACAUUUGACGUGUGCAUAGGUUUAACUCUUCCACACAUGCAGACUCAUUGUUCCCACCAGUCUUUCAUUAUUUUCUGAAGUUGGUACCAAAUGUAUUAGUGUUGGCCACUCUGGGUGAUGGAUAUUUGUUAAGUUAAAAACUGGAAUGCAGUAAAGAACAUCUUGAUGGAAUUGACUUGAAGAAUAUCCUAAAGUAGAAGUUACUAUCAUUUGUUUUAAUGCCUUUUCAUUUUCUUUUUUAUUGUUAAAUCCUUGAUAUUUGGAGGCCUAUUAUCUAAAUCCAAGAUAAUUCAAAUGUACAUCUGUAAUUUCUAGUGGCAAUGAGUCCCUUUUCAUCUGUAAUUUUCCUUUUUUCUGUGGUGACGGGGGGGUUGAGUAAGUGGAAGAUUGAUGUCUGAAUUAUGUAGAUGUCUUCUUCUUUUGAAUGUCCGAAUAUCUUUUUAUUAAACUAUGAUAUGCAUACAUCUAUUUUUUUUGUCGAAAACUAUCAUUUCCAUUCAUUGAUUAGCUUAUAUAGUUCAGGAUUGGACUCCCAACCUGUCUCUAAGACCCAUGGUGCGUAGUGUUGGUAAGCUUUCCUUAUUAAUCCACAUUAAUCCAUUCCUUUUUAAUGUUCACAGUCAUUCGUUUAUUAGUGUAAAGGACCAAAGAGGAAUCUAACUGACCGUCGAAAAUAAUGUUGAUAAAAAAUCAAUAGCAUUAAAGACCCAGACUAGAUGGCGGCAAUAUAGAGAGGUCAAUAAAGCCAAAGAAAUAUGAAAUUUGUAUCCUCACUUCUAUGAUCGUACAUUUCUUUAGUUUUUAUGCUUAAGGCCCUCAACCUUCGAAGUUCUCAGAUCAACCUCAUAGAGACAGGUUUCUCAACCGUUUAUAUGUCUCUCUGGGAGUUUCUCAUUGUUACUUUUUUAGAUGCUUUAUGUGAUAGUUUCCUCUCGUUCAUUGUUUAAAAUAAUUUAAAAUGGAACCAAUGUGAAUAUAUUUCCUGGAGCUACGUGAAUUAUUUCACGAAAUUCUUUUGCUCACCUUGACUGUGUAAAAUUCUAUUGUUUCAUUUUGGCUUCAAAUUGGAAAUUGUAGAUAUAUCGCAACGAUAGAAGGUGCAGUUCAUAAGAAACACUUAAUCGCCAUUAGUGAAGGCACGAAGAUUGAUGGUAUUCACUGCACACCUGAUUCUGUGGAGUUGAUGCCUGUCCAGUCGGAUUCAAAACCUCGUCUUCGGAUUGUGGUACCUCUCGCUCUAUGUAUAUAUAUUUAGACUUAUUUAUAUAUCUGUAUAUAUGUAUGUAUGUAUAAGUACACAUUAUCAUCAAGGUACUUUUUUAUCUUAGCCUCACAAUAUGGUAUGCUUGUUUGUAAUGAUUUUCUUGCCUUUAUAUUGGUAAAUGAUUUUUUUUUUCAUUUUUAUCUUCACACUUGCCCUGGAGUUGUACAAUUUCUCAUAGCUUAUUUUAAAAAAACGUGAAUAUAUUUUGUUGCUGCCUUCUCUGAGCUGUACAGUAUUUCUCUGGUACGAAAUAACUAAUGAUUUCUGCUGGUCAUCUCGAUGGUAACAACAGUAAAGUUUUUCCGAUGAAUGUUUAUCUCGUUUAGGUUUGGCAACCAUUUAUGGUUAGUAGGUAGUUCAAUAUGCUGAUUCCUCUUCUUUAUCAUACGUAAAUUUUUUAUUUUAAAAUUAUAGUGGAUGUCACUCUUGUGAAAUCAUCUGUUACUGUACUGUAAAUGUGCUGCACUUACAACUGAGAAGCAAUUAUCCUGCUUAUGCAUUGCUCCUGAGUUAUUAUAUUAUCUUGACCGUAUUUUCAUUAUUUUCCCAUCACAUUAAUUUGACAUGUUAGCUCAUUUGAUUGAAGUAAGUUGGUCAAUAUUCUUGGUAGGUUCAUGAAGGAAGGCAUCAUGAAGUUCGUGAACUUAUCAGAAAUGCUGGCCUUCAGGUGGACAACUCUUCUAUGGACUUGUUGACCAGCUUGGUCUAUAAAUUUUGAUCAACUUUUCUGUCCUCUCAAAUAUCGAGCCCUUUUUCAGAGGAUUAGUCCUGAGUUAUUUUCCUUUUUCAGGUUUAGUCUCAUUGAACUUGUCAAUGGUCUAAUCCUUUCUUUAGAAGCGACUAAUGUUCUUGUGAUUCAUAGUUUUUUGGUUGAUGAAGUCUACAAGACCAAUAAAACUAGCCUUUAAGUUGAUCAGAUUAGGUUGCUGAGCUCAGAAGUAUGUUGGCAUUCAAAAUGCUGGCUCUAAUAUCCUUUUUUUCAAUGAGUUAGCACGCAUUUCAUAAUUGUAAAAUAUAAUAAUUUUAUAAAAUUUGUUUAGUUCUUUUUAUUACCUGGUCAUAUGUGACGGUUAAUAUGACAAACAAUGCUGCUAAGGCACUAUAGUGACCAAGGCGAGCUUUUUGUAUGUUGUCAUGUGCUUAUUUUAUCACCAAUCAUCAAGUUCCUUUUUCCCUGAAAUCUAUAUUACAACUGUUGUCAACCCUGUCGUGCUUUUUUGAUGUCUUGAAGCACUGCAGCCUGUGGCCCCUCUGUCUAUUCAAACUGGGCGCAGUGCAAUCGGUCUAUUCAAACUGGAUCCCAUUUUUUGACUAAGCUGGUGCUAAUUCUCACCUGCUCUCAUGGGAUUUUGAUUGGUAUCUGUUUAUAGAUUCCUGGAGGGUAAUUGGGAAAUAGCCAGGUGGAAAUCGAUUUAAAAACAGAGGAUUUUUGUAUCAUAUUUGGCUGACGGUAGAUUGAUGGGAUAAGAGGAUAAUAAUUAUCAAAAGAGAAAACCAUCUUAUUUAAGUUUUGCUUUUCUUUUAUUAGGAUAAACCAUUUCCUAAGUACUUAAUCUCAGCCAUCUACCUACAUUUAGGAGUCAGCCGUCGGCUAUAGCUCAACUCCACCUAGGUAGACAUACUCGUCGGCCAUAGUGCAAUUGUCCGUCUUUUCUUUGACUUCCUUUCCCUUUCUUCUUUUCAUUUUAAAACCCGCUAUCACUCUCUGUGUGAUAUCCCCCCCCCCCCCCUCCCCUCCCAACCCAAACAAAGAGAAAAAUGAAGUGGAAAAGUGUCACUAUUGGAGAGCUCUGAUCACGGUCAGAUCCUGCUUUCCCAUUGAAUCAUGCCAAUUAAAGCAAAGAGUUAUGAAUACGCGUUCAGCUCUGAUGAUUCAACUAUGACCAAACGACCUAAUAUUGGCCGAAAACCAGAUCUUUCUUGUGAGUUGUUUUCUCUCUUUGGAAUCUUUCAUGUGAAGAAAACUAGAGCACCUGACCGUGUGACAUCACAUUAUAUAAGGACUAAUGCAUCGCAAAACAUCAAUGAUCUGGAUACCAGUAGCAUGGUUGGAAGUGGUUGUGGUUCAUCAUUAUUCUGCCAAACGCUCCUCAUAGCAUCCUUUUGGUACAUUGGAAGAUUUUCUGGCGUAGCCUUGUUGAUUGUAUGAAUUUAUUAAACGCUGUUUAAUGUUUGCUUCUUAUAUUCACUGAUAAUGUCCUCAUUUUAUACCAGGUUCAUUCAUUAAAGCGUGUACGUGUGGGUGGGUACAGGCUUCCCUCAGGUCUUGGGUAAGUCAUUUAUUAUCAGCCCUCUCAUUCCGUAGAUUAGAAAAAAGUAUUCAGUGUACAUCUGUGAAUAGAUUUUUUGCUUGAUGACAUUUUGUGUUGAGUUUGUGCUACAUUAUUACUGAAUUCUUCAUUUCAUUAGCUCUAUUCUUGCUUGGUAGUAUGAGACACUUGUUUCUCGAUAUCAUUGUGAAAUAAUCGAGAGCCAGUCCGACUAGACAUUGGACACAUACUCUACAUAAUCACACCGGUCCCUUGUUGGCUGGAUAUAUUUUUUUUAAUAAUUUUUCUGAUUUUACGCUGGGGCUGUGGUUGGCUCCCCAUGAGUAAUGAAUGAUCUGGAUCAGACGUAUCUUGGCAAUUUUAAAGAUAAAAAAAAUGUAAAAGUAUUACCCUAAAAAAUUGUAUUGAUAAUUUCAUUGAUACAGUGAAAGAUAAUUCAUUUUUAUUUAUUUCAAAGAAAACUGGUUAGUGCCACAUUGGGAAACAUAACGGCUUAUAAUGUCGCACAAAGUACAAGGUUAUUUGACUUGAAUGAUCAUUAUCAGUGAAAUCCGUUCCAGUUUUUUCAGGAAUCAACGGUUUUUCGUGUGUAUUCACCAUUGCUAGCAAUAAUAACUUAAAAAAUAUCACGUAAUGAAAUCAAGCAUCAGAAAAAUGAGGUUGAUGAUAUUUAUUAUUUAAUCUCCACUCUCCCGAUGUAAUCUACCAUUAUAUUUAUGGCUCUUACUUUUUUGGCGAUACUUGUUUCAGUCAUGGGAAGUAUGUUGAACUCCAGCAAGCUGAUCUUAACGCGUUGGGUUGGAAGUCUCUGAUGAGUAAAUAA